UUCGAACGUAAUUGUUAACGUCACUGUCUAAACAGAAUCGAUAUUUUUCGUUCUCGAUUGGAUUACAAUAGAUUUAUCACUUAAAUAAAUGAAAGUAUAAUAAGCAUUAGUUAAGUUUUAGUUAAUCAACACAAUGAUUAAGGCCAUCUUGGUAUUUAAUAAUCAUGGGAAGCCACGGUUAUCGAAAUUCUACCAAUACUUUAAUGAAGACAUGCAGCAACAGAUAAUCAAGGAGACGUUUCAGCUGGUCUCCAAGAGAGAUGACAAUGUGUGCAAUUUCUUGGAAGGUGGAAGUUUAAUAGGAGGUUCAGACUACAAGCUGAUCUACAGACACUACGCCACGCUGUACUUUGUGUUUUGCGUGGACUCUUCUGAAAGCGAGCUCGGUAUACUAGACUUGAUUCAGGUGUUCGUAGAAACUCUAGACAAAUGCUUCGAGAACGUCUGCGAGUUGGAUCUGAUCUUCCACGCGGAUGCGGCCCAUCAGGUCUUGGAUGAGCUGGUGAUGGGAGGCAUGGUACUUCAGACCAAUAUGGCGGAUAUCCUGUGCAGGCUUCAGGAACAGAAUAAGAUGCAGAAAGCUGAGGCAGGUAUAUCGGCAGCGCCAGCCCGCGCCGUCUCCGCCGUCAAGAGUAUGAACCUUCCGCAACAGCUCCGCGACAUGAAGCUCCCCGACCUCCCGCAGGCGAUCAAGGACCUGAAGUUCUGACCGACGCAGCAGGGGAGUUACCCCGCCACGCCGGUUGCCAUAGCAACGAACAUUCUAAACACCAUUUACCCACACAACGAGAAAUAUCAGAAUCUUCAACGCCCAACAGAAAAUUACACAACAAAAUUCUUCGGUUCGGAAACUUUGAGCACGAAGUUCUCUGAGACUUUUUCGGAAAAUUACCAGCAAACGGAAGGAGUGAAUUUUCCGAAUUACGAAAGUCAGAAAUCGGAUGGGUAUCAGGAUUUGAGCGGGACGACCGUUGAAUAUGACUAUAGUGAAGUUAGGAAAAGAAAGAAGAAAAAGAAAGCUGGGAAAAAGUAGGGCAGAAAUGUGGAGGCAAGAAAUUAAGAUUUUAUCGGCAAUGUUGUUUGUAAACUGUAAUGCAAUGUGUUUUAUUUAAAAAUUAUUAUAUAAUAAGUGGAUAUAAAAAAAUGAUGACUAAAAAAAAAAUGAAACGAUUUCUAUGAGAUUUUAACAUAAUCCAGGCCAAUCGGGCCGGGUAUACAUUACUUAAAAAUAUUUGAGUUUGAGAGAGAGACACAUAUUUUAUUGUAAAAUGAAAUAUCUUGCUCUCUUUCUAAAAUGUGUUUGAAUUGUCAAGAUUUAUAAACAAACAUUUUAUAAUUAGGUAAAUGUACGUAGUAUGUCUUCAUUUUUGUCCACUUGAUGGAAAUCGGUUUGCUCCAUGUAAAAUAUGGAUGAAGUAAGAAAUCAACUGUUUGACUGCGCAGUAGAUCUUUUAGGAUCAAAAUUGGUAACUGCGCAGCUAUAUUCAAUAAUCUAACUUCAGACUUAUCAAGAUUAGUCGGCCGUCUUAUACAACGUGUAACGUUAAUGUGCAAAACCUGAAAGUAGUUUGAUCAGAAUAAUGAGCGGAAUCAAUUAAUCACUAAACUGUAAAAUAUUGCCUUGUAAUCUAUACUAAUAUUAUAAAGCUAAAUAAAGAGUUUGUUUGCUUGAAUGCGCUGAUCUAAGG